AAAAAAAAAAAAAAAAAGACCACUUCAUCCUUGUCCCAUCAUUCAUCCCCGCUUGCUUUUCAAGUCUAGGCAAAGGCAAGGGAAACUCACAUAGAAUGAAUCCCUGCUCCGGCAGAACUCUUUCGGAUUUUGAAUAUUUAUACACCCUUUCUGCCCCGAAAAAUCUUGCAUCACCGAUCGAAUAACACUGACACCCCGUCCCAUUGCAUUUUCCGCCUGUUACCGAUCAUGAAGAGCGAAAACGCACCGAUUACCCUCUACGUUAUCUCAUCCUUUAUCAUCGGAAGCCUAACAUAUCUAAUCCAUCGGCUCUUGAAAAUCGGAUCUCGGCCUUCUAACCUUCCUCCCGGCCCCCCUACAUCCCCUAUCUGGGGCAAUUUGAAGCAGCUCUCCAAUGUAAUACCGCAAAAACAGUACCGUGAAUGGUCUAAAGAAUACGGCCCGGUCUUUACGAUCAUGAGCGGUUCUGAGCCAUACGUCGUGGUCAACGAAGCAAAAGCCGCGCACCACAUUUUCGUCAAGAACGGAUUGCGUACAGCAGCGCGACCAGAUCCCCGCUUGAAUCUCAUCUUGCGAGGAGGCUAUUUCCCGUCGCUGAUGAGCGGAGCCGACUGGUUGAAAGCGCGCAAGAUGUGGCAGUCAAUUUUGACCGUCGGGGCAUCCAAGCAAUACCUGCCAUACCAAGACCUGGAAGCCAAGAAACUGCUCUUUGACGUUUUAGAAGACGCGAACCACUGGCGGAACCAUAUCGAGCGCUUCAGUAACUCCAUAGCAAUGACCAUGACCAACGGCCACCGGGUACCAGCGUCCGACAAUCCGUUGAUUUCUGAGGUGAUAGAAGACCUUCAGGACUGGGUCCAGCUUACGCUGAAAGCCUGGUGGCUUCCCUCGUACCCCAUGCUUUUCAAGCUGCCGAAUUUUCUCAUCCCCGUCCUGAAUAAAGCACGUAAGGUUGGCAAAUACCACAAAAGCCUCGUCAUGCGUUUGUAUAACCUCACGAAGCAACGCGUCGCUGAGGGUAUGGUAUUGCCGUCGUUUAAUCAAUCUAUUCAGGAGAAAGUGAGACAGAACCCUGGUAUAUUGAGCGAGGCAGAAGGGGCGGAGAUAGGAAUGGCUCUGUUGACGGCAGCCACUGAUACUACUGCUGCUUCUCUCGUCAAUUGGUUCGCGGCUAUGGCGAACUAUCCAGAAGCGCAGCGUAAGGCUAGAGAAGAAAUCGACAGAGUAGUUGGUCCCAACCGUCUACCCCGGGAAGAAGACGGAGAAAACCUGCCCUAUGUGCGGCAAGUAGUACAAGAAACCGAACGGUGGCUCACUGUCGCGCCUCUCGGCCUCUUCCACGCAACAACCGCACCAGUCGAGUACAACGAAUGGGAAAUCCCAGCCGGAACCGGGCUGAUCCUGAACACUUACGCGAUCCACAAAGAUGCAGACGUGUACCCCUCACCGCAGGAUUUUCUUCCCGAGCGCUGGGAAGGCAAGCUCGAAACCGCGGCCGAAGACUCGCUCGGCGCAAAAUCUGAACACUUUGCGUUUGGCGCCGGGCGCAGGAUCUGCCCUGGACAGUACCUUGCUGAGCGCAGUCUGUUCCUUGUUAUGUCGCACGUGCUUUGGGCGUUUGAGAUCUCGAAGGCUAGGGAUGCUGAUGGCAAUGAGGUCCCGGUGGAUACGAAUGACCUUAGGCCUGGCGCCGUGGCUACUAUUAACCCGUUUAGGGUUACUGUUAAGCCGAGGAGUGAGAAGAAGGUUGCGCUUGUUCGCAGGAUCUGGGAGGAGGAGCGCGAGGCGCUGCUUGAUGAAGAUGAACAGUGGAGAGAGUCCCCGGAAGGGGUUGCCCGGUUGAUGUCGAAGGUGAAAUGAUGGAGUGGGAAAAACUCUACGUGUGGAAGCGUUGUUGGGGGCAGAUUGAUCACUGUUUACUUAACACUAUGAAAAGCUCGAUUCUUAGUAGAUCUAUGUAGUUUUACGGCCAUUAUGAAAUCUCAACAGCGCGGUGGUGAGUUGAUGAGGAAGGCGUGUGUACUGUUAUCUACAGUGUCAAUAGGAGGAUCUUAUAUGCAGCAGCUGCGAAAAGUAAAUACUAAUGCUACGUAGCAUUUAUUAGUACAUGCAGCUUACAUGAAUAUAUGUUUUAGACAUUCCAAUCCUCCUUUCUUUUUUUAAAAAAAAAUGCGGCAGCAGUAUCUCGCACUACAAAUACCACGACUAGAUCCCCAGCCAGUCACGCCAUGCUAAAAAAAAAAA